AUGGGCUAUGUCCUAGAACAGGCGGGCAUCUCGUGGCCCAUCCGAAACCCUCUAUACCUUCCCAAUGCGCUCGAGCGAGCCACGCAUCUGUCACACAUAUCCCCGACAAACUCUCGGACACCCAAGGCCCGGCCCUUCCCAGGCGACAUCAACAUGCAGUCGCCAAUCUCGCAACCAUCGGCAUCCGCCUUUGCCAGAUCGCAGAUUCCCUUACCCAAUCGACGCUCUAAUGCGCAUCUGCCCCCUAUCUCACAAUUCGCAAAGCCGCUUCCGGGUUUUAGAAACAACGGUCGCCCGGGCAUAUGGGAUGAUAAUCUCAACUCGCUUGUAGAUUCUGCCGAUGACAUUAGCAUGGAUACAUGGUCAACAAGAAGGACGUCGGGCUCGACCAGCGACAUGGCCAUGCCUGACUACAUGUAUGCUUCUUCACAUCUGUCACGGAAAAGUCAACCAUGGAUGCCUGACAGGUCCCAAUACGAUCAAGGCAUGAGUACAGAGUGGGAAGACCACCCGCCGAGGAAGGACAAAGAGAAACAGCUCGUUGUCACCCUUCGAGAUGACCAGCUAGGGCAGAUCAUCCAAGCCAUGAGUCCACCAAAGCAGAAUCGUGAGCUACCGCACGGAUCGGGCAAUCAACGCCAUGAGAAUACUGGUCGCCUACCGACUGCCUACAACUACUGUCCCCCAAAGUCAGACAUCAAUCCACCUAUCAACCGCCCGUCGUCGGCGGCCAUGGCGCGCAAGCCAUCAUACUCGGGCUUCAACAAUGCCCUACGGAACGCAUCGAAUAAGCAGUCACCAAGUAAUCAGCGGUUCCACGAUGCGAUUAAUGACAAACAGCCUACGAUGAAUCACCCUUCCUUCUCAAGCAACAAAGAGAAUCGCCCGCCUUCGCAAUCGCGAUUGCCUACUGCGUUUCCGAACGCGAACCGUGUUCCGACGCCGAACCCCUUCGCGCAAAGGCUUCCAACCCAUACCUCAGAUAUCUCCAUGAGAGACCCAUCUCCGGCACGUUCAAGUAUGUAUAGGUUCAGUCGGAGCGAAGCGCCACCUCCGACCAUUGAGCCUGCUAAGUUUGGGUCAGCUCACGGCCCUUCAGCUGUGAAUAUCAGAAGCCGGAAGGAAGGCCUGGCAUCUGACUCACCGAGGCUGUCUGACCAAGCAAUGCGCCAUGAUCAGAGCCUGCUACCAUCGUUAAACUCAGGUCCUCGGACUACACAUAUAUCAAUCUUUGAGGAUAAAGACGAAUCCUCACACAACACCCAGAAGAACAUCCCUGAUGUAGUCGAGAUCAUCGACGUGGAUGCCAUCGACCCCCACCUAAACACCAAUGCAUCCUUCGAGAGCAAUAAGCUCUCCCCGUUCAAGCCCUGCCACAAGACUGGAGUGUCGCUUUCAAGCAUCGACAGUACUGGUCGUUUAGAGAGACAGCUCUACAGUGCCCUUGGCGAAGAACUAGGCAGCUUUGAACAUCAUAUCGACACCACAGGCAUGGGACCUGAGCUUGCACAAGCACUCGGUGGCGACGCAGCACACUCCGAUCUCAGCGGCUCCGGCAUGCUAAACCCAAACGCUCACGAAUUUGAGCCAACAAUCAAGCGGAAGAGACAGAGUACUUUGGGUGGCAGUCGGGAGAGAAGUCCGAUGACUAAGAAAGAGAAGGCUGACUUGCGAGCUGGCGACGAUCGGGAAGAGGUGGUGGUGUGUAUGAGGGGGGAUUGA